GCUUUAUAUAAAUAGAAACCGCAACUUGAAGGACUGAAGGAUUUAUGCUAUGAAAACAAAAGCCAUCAGUACGUUUGCAUCACAAUCCGCCAACUGUGUGUCUGCAGUCGUUCAAUCACGAAGAAGCAAAGAAGGAAGACCUCAAAACAGUUUGUGGAGUGUUUUGAGUGUGUAUAGUCUUGUUCAUAACAAGGAGUUGUAUCAGUUUGAUGAAGAUGUUGCGUUUCUGACUUGCUCUUCAAGAAGGCAAAUAACUUGUGUGGUCCGACUUGUUUGAGAGAACAAUGGAUUCUUCGGAUGACUGCCACGUGCGACUUGUUAACCCAUGCGAGUCAUCUCGUCCAUGGUACGGGGGAAAACCUGACUGGAAGACGGCAGAUGAAGACGAGUCAAAUCGCCGGUCAGCAGACCCUCUGGACCAAACGGUCCUCGCCACCAACACCCAGCGAUGGCCGAGUUUUAUCUGGUUUCUUCUGAAACUCAUCGGCCUGUACAACUUCCGGCCCGCGGUGGCGAAACGUCGCCUGUGCGUCCGGUGUCACCACGCAGCCACCGAGAGGCGUUGCGUCGUCCGGGGGGAAGGUGUCCCGAGGUACCUCUGCUUCGGGGCUACCGAAGUGACCGAGCGCGAGGACGAACUCUUCCAGUUUAUGGUCAAUGACGAAGCUGAUCAAGGUGAAGGGGUGAUUCGGUUCAAUCUACCCGCCGAAGAGCCUUGUCCGGUGUGCCGAUGUGAGUGGUGGGACGCCCAUGGAAAUUAUCGACCGUACACAGAUGCUGAAAUAGGUGUCAGAUGUUGGAACCACUACGGCAGCGGAGUGGUGUCGACAAUCUUCCAGUUCCUGCUUAUCGUGCUCAACUUGAUCGACUUCUUCUACUACUUGGACAAGUACUGGGGCUGCAAAGACAAGAAGGUCGACUUGGUCAUCUUCUCGGGUUUCGUCUUCUUCGUCAUCUCCAUCCCUACCAUCUGCCUCGUCGCAAACAUCAUUAACUUGAUCCCUAGCUUGAGGCAGAGCUGCUGGAAAUACAGCUGGACAAACGCCCUCAACAUCCGCUACAUCGUCAAGAGAUUGCAGCAUCUGGAGUUAGCGAAUCGUGGUCUUCCAAACAAGGCGUUCCUGGUUAUAUGUCUCGCCUGGCCGAUUCUAAACAGCGUGUGGAGGUGUUUCAUCUACUUCGUCUUCCUCGGGGACAGUAUAAACUUCCACAUAAUCUCACUGGUCGCCUCCACCCUGAGUAUGUCCAUAUGGGGUGCUUUCUGCUACCUGAUGGUGUUGAUGCGGCUCUCAUUCCUGCGGCAGUUUAAGAUGGAGCUGAGGUUCCUCUGGAACCACAUCGACGCGCUGGACCGUUGCCGUCAGCGGCUAGCAGUGUGCAUGGAAGAGUUCGGCAGUCUCGGUAGCCUGGUGUCCAACUGGGUGAUGUUCACUAUCGCCAUCGCAACAUGGGCCUUCUCAACGCAGAUCUACUACGACUACGCAACGCACGUCGACCAUCGCACUAACCUCACUCUCAUCACCGUCAACGAAUCCUCAGGCUUCGAUAUACUCGACAUCACAGGCAACCUAGCCAACUCGACCUUAGCGUUCGCCACGCGCAAGGAGUUAGACCGUCUGAUCUGGUCCGAAAUCUGCAUGUUUCUGAUACUUCCGCUGGUGGCGGUGGGCGGGCUCGACUUGAACAGUCAGUGGGUCAAAUUCAGACAGCAGAUCGGCGAGCUUCGUCUCGUUGGAAAGGUGUACGACGAGUUUUACGAUAAGAUCUUGGCGUUCUGCACCGAACAUCCACCCGUGAAGAACAUUGAGACUAUGACUUUGCUCGUGUCCACGCUUGGUCUUUGCCUUGCCAUCGAGUUCAACGACAGAGAAGAGUUCUCGUUACUUAAUCAUCACCAUUAACAAAACAUCACCUCGUGGUAUAUACCAACUUUGGCACUCCAAGGAUCGU